AUUUGAUUAACGAUUACGUUUGUGAUUUUAUAUUCAACACCAAAGUCAAUAUCAAAAUGGCUACUACUACUUCUCGCAAGGAUAAAAAAGAUGAAAUGGGUAAAGAUGAGAAUGCCAUGAUACGUGCUUUGAUUCAUCUUAGAAUUUUAAUUCAAACAUCGACAACAUCAAUGACCUCCGUACCAAAACCAUUGAAAUAUUUACGCGAAUAUUAUCCACGAUUGAAAGAUGUUUAUAAUAAAAUAAAAGGAAACGAUCUUAAAAAACAAUUGGCUGAAAUAUUGAGCGUAUUGGUUAUCGCUGAAACUACAUCGACUAUUGGUAAGAGAGAAUGUUUGGAAUUUUGUUUAAAAGGUUCGGUACAAAAUCCUGGUGAAUGGGGUCACGAAUAUGUUAGACAAUUGGAAGCUGAGAUCGUUGAUGAAUGGACAAGUGCACCGAUCAAGGAGGAAAAAAAUAUCAGAUUACGAUUAACACCAUUGAUAAAAAGUAUCGUUCAAUUUAAUAUGAAACACAAUGCUGAGAUACAAGCCUGCGAUUUGUGUUUGGAAAUUGAUCAAAUACAUUUUCUACUCGAUCAUUUGAAUAAUAAUAAUUUUUUAAGAGUUCUUCAUUAUUUAACCAGUUGUGCUGCUUACAGCGAAGAAAUGGAAAAACAACAAAUAUUAGAAUUUGUAUACAGUCAGUAUAUCAGAUUUAAUGAUUAUAGCAAAGCUAUGUUAAUUGCAAUACAAUUAAACAAUCCGGAAUUGGUUUUCACGUGUCUCAACACGUGUAUCGAUCCUUUGAUACGAAAACAAUUAGCAUUUUUAAUUGCAAGACAACAGAAUCAUUUACAAAUAGAAAAAUAUGAAGGCUGCGAUGCCGAUGAAAUUAAAAAUAUUUUAACCAACGGACACGUCAAUGGUCACUUUCAAAUAUUAACUAGAGAAUUAGACAUAUUGGAACCUAAACUUCCUGAAGAUAUUUAUAAAACUUGGUUGGAAACUGGUACGAGACGUAACAUCGAUUAUGAUUCUGUUAGAUCUAAUUUAGCAGCAAGUUUCGUCACUGCAUUUGUUCAUGCCGGAUUUGGUGAAGACAAACUAAUGUCAAAUACUAAAGAUUGUUGGGUAUACAAAAAUAAGGGUCACGCUAUGUUAUCAGCAACAGCAUCCUUAGGAUUGAUACACCUUUGGGACGUGGAUGGUGGAUUAGUACCAAUCGACAAAUACCUUUAUACAAAUGACGAUUACAUCAAGUCAGGUGCUUUAUUGGCAAUUGGAUUGGUAAACUGUGGAGUUAAAAAUGAAUGCGAUCCAGCAUUGGCAUUAUUGAGUGAUUAUGUUCUUUCGGACAAUUUAAUUUUACGAAUUGGUGCAAUUUUAGGAUUAAGUUUGGCUUACGCUGGAUCCCAAAGAUCCGUACUUGCGGAAUUGUUUACAUCUUCAUUGAACGAUAAACGAAGUACGAUGGAAAUUGUUGGAUUGUCGGCUCUUGGUUUAGGUUUGGUUUACGUUGGUACUGCCAAUUCUAAUAUUUCUUCUACCAUAUUGCAAAAAUUAUUAGAACUUACGUUAGAAGAAUUUGCCAAUACACAUUACAGGUUUAUAUCAUUAGCCUUGGGAAUACUUUACAUGGGUUGUCGAGAUGUUAUUGAUACACCAUCAGCUGCAUUAGAAGUUUUACCGGAACCGUACAGGCUUGCUUGUCAAACAAUGUUACAGAUUUGCGCAUACGCUGGAACCGGUGACGUUCUUAUCGUUCAAGAAUUAUUAAGAAUUUGUUCAGAACCUGUUAACGGUAAGGACGACAGUAUUUAUGGUACACCAAUUACGACUCCUGUUGUCAGUUGUUGCGAUCAUGGUAAACGUAUGGGAUCUAAUCAAUCGGCUGAUGAUACUCAAACAAAGAACAAGACACCUAAUUCGAGAGAAAUUGGGAUAUCACAAGCAAUUGCAUCGCUCGGAGUAGGAGUCGUUGGACUCGGUGAAGGUAAAGAAAAUUCAAGAAUCUUUGGACAGGUUGGAAGAUAUGGUCCGACACAAGCAAGACGUGCGGUGCCCUUAGCAAUGGCUCUUUCAUCACUUUCAAAUCCAGAACCAGCAUUGUUAGACGUUUUAAACAAAUACAGUCACGACAAUGACGUAGACGUUGCACACAAUGCAAUAUUAGCAUUAGGAUUGGUCGGUGCUGGUAGCAAUAAUGCACGAUUAGCAACAAUGCUUAGACAAUUAGCUGCAUAUCAUGCCAAAAAUCCAUCGCAUUUAUUCCUCGUACGAAUAUCUCAAGGUCUUGUUCAUCUAGGAAAAGGUACACUAUCUUUAUCACCUAUGCAUUAUGCAUCAAGAAUUUUAGAUCAAACGGCAUUGGCUGGAUUGAUGGUGGUCCUUGUUGCAUGCUUGGAUUGUAGAAAUUUGAUAUUGGAUAAAUCUCAUUAUUUAAUGUAUUGUUUAGCUACUGCUAUGGAACCUAGAUGGUUGGUCACACUGGAUACAAAUCUCAAGAUACUUCCAGUUUCUGUCAGAGUUGGACAAGCUGUUGACAUAGUUGGAAAAGCUGGUAAUCCUAAAUCCAUAGCUGGUGGUAACGUUCACACAACACCAACCCUUUUAACGCACAAUGAAAGGGCCGAGUUGUUGUUAGACGAAUACGAACCAUUGUCCAGCGUAUUGGAAGGUUUUGUUAUUUUACGAGAGAAAACUGAUGGAUGAACCAUCCUAACAAAAAAAGAAAAAGAAAAAGACAUCUUUCAUCGUUCUAAAUAAACACCGUAAAAUUAUAUUUUAUUUUUUUUUUGAAUGUAUAAUGAAUUAAAAAAAAAAACUAGGUUUGAGAUUAGAUUUUUUCUGUUGUUGUUGUUGUACAGGUUUGCGUUUAUUUAACUUUAGGGACUAGCGGAAGCAGCAAUGUGCUUUAAACAACAGAAAUAAUGUACAUUGGUAUGCAAUUGCACAGUGGGAACAACAACGCUGCACCAUGAUCAAAAUACGUGUCUCUCUCUCUCUCUCUCUCUCUCUGUAUGUGUUUAUUAUAUGUUUUUCUUCAACAUUUAAACAGAUUGUUAAUAUCUGUUUUAUCGAUUUUUCAAUUAGUUUUUUUUUAAAUCCCAUAAGCAUUGUGCUAAUCCUAAAUACCUUAAUUAUAUAUAUAUAUAAUAAAAUAAUAUAAUACAUAUAUAUAUAUUAUAUUAUAUUAUUUAUACUAUAUAAAUAAGAUAAAAUAAAAUGUUUUACUACACAACACACGAAGGAAGCGAAUUUAAUUCGUAUACAACUCGUGUAUAUGUGUAAUGAGAUGUAAAUGGUAUGUAUGUGUGUUUAUACAUAUGCAUAUUUUUCUAUGAAGGUUUGUGAUUUCUACGUGGCAUAUAAAAAAAAAAAAAAA